GGCCCGGAUCUCGCGCAGGCGUACCUCGUGCUCGCCCCGGGCCCGGCUUGUGCGGCGGCUACAACCGCCUCGCUUCUCUCCCGGGUUUCCGAUGAGGGGCAGGCGGCGGGGGCGGCCCGGCCCUGCCGAAACCUGUCGCCGUCGCCCUGGAGCGGCUGCUCUGGGGCAGAAAUGCCACCACCCAGCCGUCCCCUGCUAUGGCUUGGCCUGGUCCUGGGUGCUCUCUGUGCCUCCCGCGGACCCGCGGCGCCAGGCAACGCCACAGAUCCUCUGAAUGUCCUUCUCAUCAUCGUGGAUGACCUACGCCCCUCCCUGGGCUGUUAUGGGAACAAGCUCAUAAGGUCCCCAAACAUCGACCAGCUGGCCUCCCGCAGCCUUCUCUUCCAGAAUGCCUUUGCCCAGCAAGCCGUGUGCGCCCCGAGCCGCGUGUCCUUCCUCACUGGGAGGAGACCAGACACUACCCGCCUGUAUGACUUCAACUCCUACUGGAGGGUGCACGCUGGAAACUUCUCCACCAUCCCCCAGUACUUCAAGGAGAACGGCUACGUGACCAUGUCGGUUGGAAAAGUCUUUCACCCUGGCAUUUCUUCCAAUCAUAGUGAUGAUUCUCCAUAUAGCUGGUCUGUUCCACCUUAUCAUCCCUCCUCUGAAAAGUAUGAAAACACCAAGACCUGUAGGGGACCAGAUGGAGAACUCCAUGCCAACCUGCUGUGCCCCGUGGAUGUGGUGGAUGUACCUGAGGGCACCCUGCCUGAUAAGCAGAGCACUGAGCAAGCUAUACAGUUGUUGGGAAAGAUGAAAACAUCGGCCAGUCCUUUCUUCCUGGCUGUGGGGUACCAUAAGCCACACAUCCCCUUCAGAUACCCCAAGGAAUUUCAGAAGCUGUAUCCCUUGGAGAACGUCAGCCUGGCUCCUGACCCCCAGGUCCCCGCUGGCCUUCCUCUGGUGGCUUACAACCCCUGGAUGGACCUCAGGCAGCGGGAGGACGUCCAAGCCUUAAAUCUCAGUGUGCCCUAUGGCCCGAUUCCUGCUGACUUUCAGCGGAAAAUCCGCCAGAGCUACUUUGCCUGUGUAUCCUAUUUGGAUACACAGGUCGGCCGCCUCUUGAGUGCUCUGGACGACCUUCAGCUGGCCAGCAGCACGAUUGUGGCACUUACCUCGGAUCAUGGAUGGGCUCUGGGUGAACAUGGAGAAUGGGCGAAAUACAGUAAUUUUGACGUCACUACGCGAGUGCCUCUGAUGUUCUAUGUUCCCGGAAGGACAGCCCCGCUUCCGGUGGAAGGCGAGAAGUUUUUCCCUUACCUCGACCCUUUUGAUUCCGUCUCAGAAGUGCCAGAGCCAGGCCAGCAAACUGGGGACCUGGUGGAGCUGCUCUCUCUCUUCCCCACACUUGCUGGACUUGCGGGGCUCCGCGUCCCUCCACGCUGCCCCAUCCCCUCGUUUCACAUGGAGCUGUGCCGAGAAGGCCGGAACCUCCUGAAGCUCUUUGAGGACCAUGGUGAGGAAGAGGAGCCCCAUGUCCGCAGUAAUCCCCGGGAGUUGGUGGCAUAUAGCCAGUAUCCUCGGCCUGCAGACUCUCCUCAGUGGAAUUCUGACAAGCCGAGCUUAGAAGAUAUAAAGGUCAUGGGCUAUUCCAUACGCACGGUAGACUACAGGUAUACUGUGUGGGUGGGCUUCAAUCCCCAGGAAUUUCUGGCUAAUUUUUCAGACAUCCAUGCAGGGGAACUGUAUUUUGUAGCUUCUGACCCUUUGCAGGAUCACAAUGUGUAUAAUGAUUCCCAGGGUGGAACCCUUCCCCAGUCAUUCAUGCCUUGAGUUUGCCAACCACAGAGAUCAUAUAUAAUGCCAGUGAGAGAAGGAAUUAGAGCUGGUUUUUCAUGAUUACCCAUACUAUUGGAAUCAACCCCAGGGGCAGGGAGUUAAAACCUGCAUCAGUAAUUUGGCCUAAGAAUAUCUAACAGCCGCAACUUUUGAUUUUGUCAUUAUAAUCGGGCUGAACCUUUUCAUUUUAUUUAUUUAUUUUUUUUGGUAACAGUCAUAGCUUAUUAAUUGAAUGAAUAAGCACAGAGUGAGCAAGUUGAAAUUGUCAUAGCUUCAGCUAUCAAGAGCAUAGUGACUGAACAUAGCACUGUACUCAAGAAAUAUAAUACUUCAAUUAUUUGUGAAAUGUACAUUUCAAAAUGUAACCACAUGUCAAAUUAGGUUUGACACUAUAAAUUCCUGGUUCUUUUGUUUAUAAUUUAAUAAUAUAUCUAAUUUAGCCUGAUAUACUCAAAAUAUUAUAUCAACAUGUACCCUAGGUUUUUUUUUAAUGUAAACUUAAUAAUGCUAGAUGCCAAUACCUGAAAGUCUAGCUCUAACUUUUCCAAGAUUGCAAAUCUUCAAAUCCAAAAAUAAAAUAUGCAUGAGGUGAUUACUGUGGAAUUUCUAUAUCAAAUAAUAAAUAAUGCUAAGUAAACUAGAGGCAUGCCAUGUAUGAGAAAUUUAGUUAAAAGUUUUCAGAGACUUUCUGGCACAGACAAUAAUUUGCUAGCAAGUAAUAUGACCCUUGAACACCACAGCCAUCUUUAAAAGGCAUCUUUAUUCACAGUGGAAAAUAGUUGAAGGCAUAACUGUAUCCCUGAAUUGAGACAUUCAAAACCAUUCGUUUUCUUCUUCUCUGGAGAUUGUUGGUUGCAGACAUGUAUUUAUCCAGGAGGCAGGAAGGAAAUAAUCACUGUUAGUUGCUAUUACAAAUAGCAUUAAUUUUAGUAAAUUCUAAAUUCUUUUGAGAACUGUGAAAGCUAUUCAUUAAUAUCAUAUUAGGUGAUUUCUAAUUCCCCAGAUGGUAGUUCUGUAUUCACUAAAGUUACCAGGAAAAGCAGGUAGUAGUAAUAAGCUUAGCCUAUGUCAUCUUAAAAAUAAUGGAAUAUUCACAGGUCAUGUUCACUACAUGUUGAUCAGUCAUCAGUAGUCAUCAGAAGAGUGAAGCACUCUGUUAAUAAACAUUAAUGUACUCCUGUAUCAAAGUAACUUCUUAUAAUUCUUUACAUGUGCUGCUUUGGUGUUUAAAAGGUAAAUGUUUGUGAACCAAAAUACAGCAAAUUAGUUUACUGCACUGUAUUACAUUGUAACCAAAAAGGCAAGAUAUUAUAAGAUUACUUCAAAUCAGUAAAAUUUCAAAUACAGAUUUUUGUUUUUACUAAGCCUACAGUAGAGGCGUAUAUGGUGACAAAACAGUCUUCUAAUUGAAUCAGUGACUUCAUGUUCUGCCAACAGUUUGUACUUGAAGAGUGAAGGGCCCUGUUCCUCUCUGCUGAUCCCAUUUCUCUUCUGGAAGCCUCCACUUUUGUGGAUGGUGUCCGUCAGCCUUUUCUUUUCCCUUCUCCAUCCUCUCUAUUGCUCACAUCACUUCGAUGCAGAAUUUUACAAUCCAGUCCAGUUUCUCGUGAUGUCUAUUCAGGGUAUUUAGCUUUAUCUCCUACUUUACAGUUACGAAGCUUUUAUUUUGAAGCUUUUAUUUCGAAUUCCCAGUUGACUAUCAUCUGUACACUUCAUUGUUUUUUCUCUUUAUUUCUUGAAGCACAUUUUAGUAUCAGAAAAUCUCCAAAUUGUCCUCUUGCUGAAGUUGUAAGCUGAACUGUGCUGAAAAGAGCAGAGUGACUGGCAUUCUGGCUGUCUCUCACCUUUGUGACAAAAGCCCCUGCUGGGUCUGCUUGGGGGCGUUUUGCAUGUAGAUCUGACUCUGCAGGAAGAGCUUCUGUCUUCUCUUUUCUCAGUGAGGGCGCACACUCAGAAUGCUUCUUUUCUCCUUAGGUCUUAGCUUUCCUUGGCCUCCCUUUACAUAUGUCUCCUUUUAGAAACUCGGCUGCGUUUCACAUGCAGGGGCAUGCUCUUCUAAAUCAGCUCACAGGUGACGGUUGCUUUUUGUGUUUUUGACACUGAUGCCAGGGUGGAGCCAUUUGUGCACAUCUCCAGCAUUCAUCGAGACAAGCAGCUGCUCUCUGGUUUUCACAUAUCAAAGCUGACCACAUUCCUUAUCUUGACCAGGCUUAGGGAAACCACAUCUUUGUUGCAUCACGUAACUUUUCUCCAAUCCUGCUAAACUGGACACAUUUUAUGAAUGGUUCUCUAGUCAUUCUUUGUAGAAAUCCCUAUUUCACUUGAGCCAGGGGGUCUUUCAUGCAGUUUACUUGAAACCCAGACCAGUGAUUUCAGAAAUCUUGAGUGGCCCUAAUUCAGAGGCUCAGAUACAUGAGGGGGGCAGCUUCUGCUUCAGGGUGUCUGGGCGGGGGUCUGAGAGCCUGCACUUCUGACCCUUCUCCUCCAAAGAGUGCCCUUUGAGAACUAUGCCACGUGUGUGCUGACCAGUAGCCACUAGGCCCCAGUGACUUUAAAUUUCAGUGAAUGAAAUUACAACCAACAUUUUAAAAGCAGAAUCUCUGUUGCACUUGCCCUAUUUCAAGUGCUCAAGAGCCAGUGUGGGUAGACCACUGGGGCACUGUAUCAGACAGAUGCUACGGGCUUUCUGUGUGGCAGAAAGUGAACUGAACAGAGCUGCCCUAGGUUAACUCUGAACUGGUUGACUUGAUCCACCUAGCUGUUGACAGGUUCUUCCCGUGGGCUGAUUGUCUCCUGUUCGCCCGCAAAAACUUGUCCAGCGAGGAGCCACGUGUGUUUGGUGUAAAUGCAGAGCAGGGAGUUCCCUCUGCCAACUGACCUCUUCCUCUCUACCACCAUUGCUAUCACCACAGCCCUUCCCUCCUCCUUCCCAAGUAGUUUACCUCCCCCCCUCUUUCCUUCCCUGCUCCCCUCAAAAUCCAUGUGUCUUCCUGAAAUCCCUCUUUGAUCCUGCCCUUUGAGAACACCGUUAGUGCCUAUUUCUGGGUCUACACAGACCUCCGCUGAGCAGUCAGAGUCUUCCCUGACUCCACAAUGCCCCUUUCCUUGGCUGGCCAGUCUGUGAGCUGGUGCCUGACUCUCCUUUGCCAAUCCCUCCCUCCCAGCCCGCCCCUAGGUUCUUCCCUCCCCCCUUCACCAUCCAUCCAUACAUAAUCAUCUGCCUCAGCCCCCUUCUAUGCCUCUACUUCCAAGAGAGUGAGGGCUCUGAACUCUCUCAACUGCGUUCUUGGAUGAGAUGAACGUCACUGAAGAAUCUUGUGGGCACCUUACUUUAAAAAAGGUUUUUUUUUCUGAUUGUAAAAUUAAUGUGUUAAUUUUAGAAAAAAAUGGAGAACAGAAAUGUAAUAAAAGGUAAGAAAACACAUCAGUAUUUUACACAAAGAUAGUCACUAAAUAUCUUGCCUUUUUGGGGUGUAAAUCUUUUACACUGUUGUAAUCAUACCAUGUGCUUUAUCAUGCAGUUUUAUAUUCCUAUUUUCCUAUGUGGUUAUUACAGAUACUUUAUAUUGGUGGUAGUAUAUUGUGUGGUGUAGUUUUAUCUUAAUUUUCUAAACUUUCUUUCAGUUAUUGGCAAUUUAGUCAAUUUCCAGAUUUUCAGUAUUGUAAAUAAUGUUGUGAUAAGCAACUUUAUGAAUAAAAUGUUUUUGUGUGUUUUACAUUAAUCCCUUAGGAUGGACGCUUAGUGCCAAGUUGCCGAAAGCAUCUCCAUUUUAGUCCUCUCCUGCUCCCUUAGGAUAGUAAAACUGAAAAUAAAGCAAACAAGCCUAUAGAUAAUACAGACCAUAAAAACAAACAAAAAAACCCACCCUCCCAAUAAUAGCUGAAAGUAGAAUCCUAUUUGAGCUUUGAAUUCUUUGCUUAUUAAUGGCCUUGAUCAUUGUUCUCUGUGUACAUUUGUUGGGCAUUUGUAUAUCUCAUGUGAGUUUGCCUUUAAAUUUCGGGUUUUGCUUUCUUAAGUAAUCAAACAAAUUGCUCUUUUCCUAUGUGAUUUCUUCCCUGUCUUUUCCUAUUAAACAUGAGACCCAUCCCAAUCUAGAGAUUUAAUAAAUAUUCAUAUUCCUCUC